CUGUCAGAUCUCAGAACCAUUAUUAACCAAAUGGGCCAAGUACUCUUCAGAAUCCUAUGAUGAUGACUCCACAGGAUGGUGUUGAGGAACUAGUUUGGACUUGAGUGAUGAUUGUGGUAAAUUCUGUGCCUUGAAGACAUUCUUUGACGGUGCAGAAAAAACGACGAUAUUAUGGGAUUUGGUAAAUGAAUUUGAUAGCAGAAAAGAUGAUUUAGAGAAAGCAUGAUCUGGACUUAAGAACGGGAAAGCAAAUAGUGCAGUGGCCAGGGGAAACAAUCAAAUCAUUCUACGUGACAAUCUAGUCAGCAUUCAUGAUUUCCAGCUGGAAGAUGGAUCUGUUUUUGAAAUUUCAGGCAUUGAUGCUGCACUGGCGGAGAUUGAAUGUGCUAGAAUUGCCUGAAGUAGAGAAGGUUGAGUUUCUGAAGUCAAGUCAGAACAGACCACUAUUUUCUUUCGAGUUUUUAAAGGGAAUACGUGGAGGAUAUAUAGUACUCAUGUGCAGUGACAAGAACAGGUCUUUUAUGAAGAAAUGAAGAUAAAACGACACUUCAAUUCAAUGUUAAGGACUUGAUCUGUUCACAGGUCUUCCAUGAAGAAAGAUACAUAAAACAAAGAAGUAUGAAAGCUUGGAGUAUGAAGAAAGGCACAGAUAAAACGCAAAUAAAGUUGUAAUUUAUCA